AUGACUGGUCUAGUUUCAAGCUGGUCUAAGGAUGUCCAAUCCUUGCCUGAGUCCUACAUAUUACCACAAGAUCAAAGACCUUCUGAGCUAGUAUCUGAAUACAUAAACAUUUUGGUGGAUCUCAACAACUGUGAUCAAUUUGAAACCAUACACGAGAUUCUUGAAGCAGGCAAGGACUUGGGCUUCUUUCAGGUGAUUAAUCAUGGGAUUUCGGAGAAUAUAGUUGAUGAGACAAGGGAAGUGGUUAAAGAGUUCUUUGUCAUGCCAAGUGAGGUCCAAAAAAGAUCAUUCAAGGUGGAUGUAACAAAAAGAUGUAGACUUUACACUAGCACUUUCAAUUAUGAUAAAGAGGAAGUCCAUUUAUGGAGAGAUAACUUGACUCACCCUUGCCAUCCUUUCCAUGAUUCUCUCCACCUCUUCCCACAACACCCUACAAGAUAUCGGGAAGUUGUUGGAAAGUAUUGUGGUCAAGUAAAGGAGUUGAGCACACGAAUUCUUGAGCUGAUCGGAUUAGGUUUGGAUCUAGAAGAAGGAUAUUUUGAGAAGGAGAAUCGGAGCGAUGUUCAUUUGUUCUCGGUUAAUCAUUACCCACGUUGUCCACAACCGAGUUUGACUCUUGGAAUGAAUAAACAUUGCGAUCCUAAUCUCAUAACCAUUCUAAACCAAGGGGAAGUAGCCGGUCUCCAAAUCUACAAGAAUGGGAAAUGGAUUUCCAUUCAAACUAUACCAAAUGCUUUUGUUGUCAUCCUUGGAUAUCAAAUGCGGAUCAUUAGCAAUGACAGACUCACAAGUGCGGAACAUCGAGUUGUGACAUGUUCUGAGGCCGAUCGAACCACCUUGGGAUAUUUUGUUGUUCCUUCAGACGAGUGUUUGAUAGAACCAGCAAAAGAAAUAGUGAAUCAUCAGCCAAUUUACAAAACUGGUCAAUACAAAGAUUUUCUCAACGUUUAUGGUCAGACAAAAGGUUCCCAUCUUCUCGAAAGAGAACUAUGUCGUGUGGAAGAAGAGAGUCAUGCUCAUUUAUCUGCCAUAGAUGAUGACAUGUGGCUUGUCAUCACCGAAGGCCCGAUAAAGAUUGAGAAAGACAGAUUUGAGUGGACUAGUAAAGAUAGUAGGAAGAACAACCUCGACAACCUGACCAUGAAUAUUAUGUACAAAACUAUGGAUGAUAACAUGUUUAACCACAUCAUAUCAUGCAACUCUGCCAAGGAGAUCUGGGAGAGGUUGACUCAACCUUAUAAAGGAAACGAGCAAACCAAAGAGAACAAACUCAUGGUUGCCACACAAUAG